AAUAAGCCUUUUAAUAAAUAGAUUGGCUAGAAUUGAAAUAUCCUUAUUUAUAACUACAUUGGAAAACAAAUUAUUGAAUCUUUUCAAUGAGUUUAUAGUGUGAGCGCGCAUAGUAAGUGGCCUGUACUGUAUAACGUAGGCCUGUACAGCAAACUGAAGUUUUAAAUUUAUAAGGCUCACAAUAAUAAUCAACACUUAAACGAUGCGUCGUGAGGUCCGUUGAUAUCUGUCGCUUUAUUCAAACGGAGAAUAGUGCGUGCUAGCUAGUACAAGUGAGUGGCACUCGCUUGUACAUUUGUCCGAAAUCUUCGAAGAGGUAGGGGAGUAACUUCUUUUAGAAGUAAGAAUUAAUAGUAUACGUGUUCGAAGUCGCAAAGAUGGGUAAGAAGGAUGUGGUAAAAGUCGCGGUGGAGAUGAAAGAUAAGCCAACACAACUCAUCGAACUGGAUCAAACUAGACCCCUCGAGUGUAUUAUACAGGAACUAUGCGGAAUAUGGUGCUUGAACGACCCAGGGGACAGCUAUGCGCUCGAGUUCUCUGAACCUGCAGAGCCCUCAUACAUUACCGAAAAAAAUCGUGGCAAUAUUAAAAAUGGAUACUUUCUCAAGUUGACUGCCAGCCCUGCAAGAAGAACUCAGCGCAUACUCGAUAACUUAACUACAAAUGGCAAUAAUUGCCCUGUUGAGGUUCUCAAGGAACUUCACAGAUUGUCCCUAGACAAGACGUUCGCGCUAGAAUUCAUCAACCGUCAAGGCCACCAGACCCUUUUGCGCAGCGUACAGGAUGGUGUCUACACUGGUGAACGCCUAGCGUAUGUCCUGUUGAGCUUCGUGGAGCUCAUGGAUCAUAAUAUUGUCUCGUGGGAUGUUGUCGAACCCAAAUUUAUUGGACGCGUGGCUAACAACGUUAAUCAAACGUCUGCCAUAGAUUUUCGCAUCCUUCAGGCCUCUCUCUCGAUUCUAGAAUCCGUUGUUUUGAACUCGUCAUCGCGCUAUCAUUUGGUAGAUCAACAGGUGACAAUACCACAUCUAAUAGUACACAUCCAAAGCGGCAGCAGCGGUAUACAACAAAGUGCAAUCGCAUUCAUUAACGCGCUCUGCCUAAAAGCCGAGUUUUCCAAACGAAAAGCUCUGCAUGCAACCCUUGCCUCGAAGCAAAUACGAAAGGUGAUCCAAGCAAAUAUUCUAUCGAAAGGACAGCAUGUGAUCAGCAAGGAAGGUCGUGAGAUGGUUCAUCAGCUCUAUGUUCUACAAACGUUGUUGUUCAAUACUCAGGACGAGCGGAAGAGGCACGACCUAGACCCAAACGACUCUGACGCCAGACUAAAAUUGGAGGAGCUCCGCCGAAUUGCAUUCGGCCCCACGGAAGGCUCCGGAUCUAACAAGAGCUCAGCUGCCAAAUGCUUCCGAAAGUUAGGAUUUCAAUCAGCAUCGAAUCCUAUCGAAGAUCUAUUACCGGCACCGGGAGCGCUUGCGCUCGACAACAUGGUUUACUUCGCUAAGUACCACACCGAUCAGUAUAUAAAGUUUGUCCUUGAAAAUUCAAUCAGAGGCGAUGAACAUGAAGUCCCAUUCGCUCGCGCAUCGGUGCGGCUCGUGAGACUUUUGGCCGACGACAUAUUACACAUAGGUGAUCCGCCUCGAGAUCAAGGAGGCUCUUUUCAUGCCAUGUUCUUCUCGCACGCCCAUGCGUUUGAGGAAUUUUUCUGUGUCUGUAUUCAGCUGCUGAACAAAACGUGGAAGGAGAUGCGAGCUACAGCUGAAGAUUUUGCCAAAGUGAUGCAAGUGGUUCAAGAUCAAAUCGAACGCGCGAUGGAGGCACCAGAUGGCACGACACCAAAUGAUUUUGAGAAAUUAAAAUCAAAACUAGCAACACUUCCCUACUCGGAAAUAAUGAAUAUAUGGAACGAAGAAAGGAGUAACAAAGAAGAAUGUGAAACUAAAGCGAUUCCAAUAGUGCAGCUUCGGGAGAUGCUUAUUCCGGAGUUGGUUAGCCUAAUUCAGCAACACCGACUACAACAGCUUACAGACGGGACUUUGUUCACCAAAUAUGCUGCCAAAGGGCAACGCAUUAAGGACAAGUUCUGGUAUUGUCGACUCUCGCCAAAUUUCAAAGUAUUUCAUUAUGGCGACUGGGAUGAAAAGUCUGCACCGCCAAGUGUGGAUGAGCUACCCCACAAAUUGCUGGUCGCUGAUAUCGGAUGCUUGAAGACCGGUCGAGAUUGUCCGCACAUGAAGGACUCUCGCAAAACAAAAACUGCUGCACCACUGGCCUUUUCACUUGUCCCCCAACAGACCGAACAAGAGUCGCUCAAUUUCGUUGCGCCUACAGAAAAGCUGUUUCACUACUGGACGGACGGUAUCCUCGCAUUAUUAGGUGAAAGCAUGACCUCUCGCGAAAGUGUGCAGGACCUCGAAAUGCUUCUCCACGUCGAAAUGAAACUUCAUCUGUUAGACACGGAGGGCGUUCAGAUUCCUGACAAGCCACCGCCGCUGCCAGUAGAUCCUCCCAAUUAUGAUUUUAACGCGCCCAUUAUUUACCAAACCCAACCCAAGUGGCAGUUGUAGUAACUGUCGGACGCCACGUUUUCUAU